CCUUACGCAUUGCCUUGCGCUGGAUGUUAUCUAGCUAUCCCCAUCCGCCUGCAGCCAUUCAGAGCGGUGAAAACCUCCAGGAGCGGCUGGCUGGUAGCUUCCAGGGACUUUGACUGCUGCUGCUGCUGUGAAGCUGAGCGCUACAAUGAUGUCAGAAGACACGGAAGGAAAGAGCGAGAAAAUAAUGGAUACGGAGAGCAAGGUGCUGUGGUACCCGGACUCCAAGAGGAACACACAGAUGGACACGUUCAGGAUACAGGUCAACUCAGACUACGGACUUAAUCUGGCGAACUACAAUGAUCUUUACCAGUGGUCUGUGGACUGUUAUCCAGAGUUCUGGGCAGAGGUGUGGCGCUUCUGUGGAUUCGUCAGUUCCAAACCAUAUGAGGAGGUGGUGGACGUUUCCAAGCGGAUCUCAGAUGUUCCAGAGUGGUUUAAAGGAGCUCGACUCAACUACGCCGAGAACCUGCUUAAGCACGCUGAUCAGGACAAAGUGGCUCUUUACUGUGCAAGAGAAGGGAACGAGGAGAUCAGGAAGGUGACAUUCGGGGAACUGAGGCGUGAUGUGGCGUUGUUUGCUGCAGCCAUGAGGAAGAUGGGUAUUCGGACUGGAGACAGGGUUGUAGGUUACCUGCCCAAUGGCAUCCAUGCAGUAGAAGCCAUGUUGGCGGCAGCCAGCAUCGGGGCCAUUUGGAGCUCCACAUCGGUCGACUUUGGGGUUAAUGGUGUUCUAGACAGAUUUUCUCAAAUUCAGCCCAAACUGAUCUUCUCAGUAGCUGCUGUGGUUUACAACGGGAAAACGCACGACCACAUGGAAAAACUGAUAAACGUUGUUAAAGGUUUACCCGACCUGAAUAAAGUAGUCGUGAUUCCCUACGUUUUGUCCAAGGAAGAGACCAACCUCUCCAAAAUUCCCAACAGCGAGUUUCUUGAUGACUUUUUGGCAUCUGGAAGAGGCGAAGGAGACCAGUUCCCUCAGCUGGAGUUUGAGCAGCUUCCGUUCAACCAUCCUCUGUUCAUCAUGUACUCGUCGGGAACGACAGGAGCUCCUAAAUGCAUGGUCCAUUCAGCCGGGGGCACUCUCAUCCAGCACUUGAAGGAACACGUUCUCCAUGGCAACAUGACCUCCAACGAUGUCAUCAUUUACUACACCACCACCGGGUGGAUGAUGUGGAACUGGCUGGUGUCUGCUCUGGCAGUGGGGGCCUCAGUGGUUUUAUACGAUGGUUCACCACUAAUGCCAACAGCCAAUGUGCUGUGGAACCUGACAGACAAGCUGGGAAUCACUAUCUUUGGCACUGGGGCUAAAUGGCUGUCUGUGCUGCAGGAGAAGAACCUCAAACCUUCGGAAACACACAACCUUCAGUCUCUACACACCAUCCUGUCCACUGGAUCUCCACUCAAACCUCAGAGCUACGACUACGUGUAUCGCUGCAUCAAGAGCACCGUGCUGCUGGGCUCAAUCUCAGGUGGCACUGAUAUAGUUUCGUGUUUCAUGGGGCAAAAUCCAACAGUUCCAGUGUAUCGCGGGGAGAUCCAGUCCAGAAACCUCGGCAUGGCUAUAGAAGCGUGGAGUACUGAGGGUAAGCCGGUUUGGGGGGAGAGCGGAGAGCUUGUCUGCCUGAAGCCGAUCCCCUGCCAACCAACUCGCUUCUGGAAUGAUGAGAAUGGGAGCAAAUAUCACAAAGCUUACUUCUCUACGUUUCCCGGUGUGUGGGCCCAUGGAGAUUAUUGUAAAAUAAAUCCGAAGACAGGCGGCAUUAUCAUGCUUGGCAGAAGUGAUGGGACGUUGAACCCUAAUGGAGUUCGCUUUGGGAGCUCAGAGAUCUACAAUAUUGUGGAGGCUUUUGAGGAAGUGUCAGACAGUCUUUGUGUGCCACAGUACAAUGCAGAUGGAGAGGAAAGGGUUAUUUUGUUCUUAAAGAUGGCUCCCGGGAAGCCGUUCUGUCCAGAGCUGGUGACAAGGAUUAAAGGAGCCAUCAGAAAAGCCUUGUCUGCCCGACACGUCCCUGCCUUGCUGCUGGAGACAAAAGACAUUCCUUACACCAUCAGUGGUAAGAAGGUGGAGGUCGCCGUGAAGCAGAUCAUUGCAGGUCGGGAGGUUACACAGCGAGGAGCUUUCUCCAACCCUGAUUCUCUGGACCUCUACAAGAACAUUUCUGAGCUACAAAACUUUUAAUAAUUAAAUAGAUUCAAUUCCAGAUAGUUGA